UCCAUUUCAUCGAUGAGUGAAGGAAUCAAAAUAUUAAUAUAAUUUUUAAAAGAGGAAACUGCAACUAAAAUUCACAUGAAGCAUUGACAGAGAAUCUGUGAAAUAUUCUUAUACGAGCAAAUAGAAACGUCGGACUUGUACAAAUAUUUUGGUGAAAUUUGGUGCAAUGAUUGUCCACCUUAGAAACUUUCUUUUACCGUUCUACAAAUUGGAUAAACUUGGAAAAAUUCAAAAACAGUUCGUUAGAUACGGUUCUUUGCAAGCGUCGGCUAAAGUGUUAGAGCAUCUAAAAACUAGGAAUUUAUUGCGAGUUAGAGGGAGCGAAGCUUCAGAUUUCCUUCAAGGAUUGAUUACAAAUGAUAUGAAGCACUUCGAAGAAGGAGCAGCCAAUUUGUACGCGCUUUUUCUAAAUAUUAGGGGUAGAGUGUUGUACGACGUUAUCGUGUAUAAAAAUCAGAAAGACGAUGUGUAUUAUAUUGAAUGCGAUUCCCGAGCUGUAGAUUCGUUGCAAAAACAUUUAAAAAUGUAUCGUGUUAGAAGAAAGGUAGAUAUAGAUAAUUUAGGAGAUAGCAUUAAUGUUUGGGCAUUAUUUGAUAUUACUAGAUAUUCAAGUAAUACGGAUGCUGAUAAUAAUAGGCAGAAGCUUGAGGGUUUAAUAUUUCCAUGCGGUACUCUAAAUAAUAAAUCAAGCAAAGUGAUAGACAAUAUUAUGAUGUACGAAGAUCCUAGACUUCCAAACUUAGGCAUUAGAAUCUUAGCAGAAUCAAACAUUGAAAAGAGCGAAAUACAAAAGCGUUUGAACACCGAUAUGCUUAAUUCUGACGGUACAUUGAGCUAUAAAGCAUUCCUUUACAAACUUGGAAUACCUGAAGGUAUCGAGGAUUUGCCACCAGGGAAGCCCCUGCCUUUAGAAGUUAAUUGUGAUUAUUUACAUGGAAUUAGUUUUCAUAAGGGUUGUUAUAUCGGUCAAGAACUUACAGCACGUACCUAUCACACCGGUGUUGUAAGAAAACGUUUAAUGCCAUUAUUGUUCGAAGAGCUUCCCUCCAAAUCUUUUUCAUACGACGAAAAAAUUGUCGACGAGUGCGGUAAUAUGAUAGGUAAAUUUAGAGGAAACGAAAAAAAAUAUGGAUUGGCUUUAAUGCGAAUCGCCGAAACCCUCAGAGCUAAAUCUAUUACUAUAUCAGAUCAUAAAUUAAUCGUAUCAAAGCCUCUGUGGUGGCCACAAGAAUUGCAACAACAAAGUGUUUCCGUUGAUAAGAAAUAAUGUAUAUA